AUGGUUAAAUUAGGAUUAUACAUCAAGGCAGAUCUCGAGAACGUGACUGAUCUUGUUCCUGUCGAGGAUUACGAGUGGCACUUCAAGAUUGAAUGUACAAGUUGUCACGAAGUAGAUGAUUCCUGGAUCUCUUUCAACCAACAGGAUACCUAUGACAUGAAUUCCUCAAGAGGUGUUGCCAAUUUGGUAAUGCGUUGUAAGUUUUGUAAGCGUGAUCUCACUGCCCAAUUCGAACCUUCCUUCAAGAUUAGAAAGUACGAUGCUGAACAAAACGGUAAAUUCCAACAAAUUGCUCAGUUUGAUUGUCGUGGUUUAGAGUUGGUUGAUUUUCAACCUAGAGAUUCAUGGACCGCUAAAGGUGUAGAGUCCGGCACUGUUUUUGAGGAUAUCGAUCUUUGUGAGGAUGAAUGGGCUGAAUAUGAUGAAAAGUCUGGCGAGCCCGUUGGUAUCAGCAACAUUGCUGUUCAAUUCAAAAAAGAGAAAUAA